UAACAUCCACGGGUCGGGUUGGAUCGGGUCAUGAAAGGUAGAUGGGCUUGGGCCCAUUAAAUUUGUCCUUGUCGUAACUGUCAGUCCACGCCCAUGGGAAAUGAUUAACACGUGUUUCUCCAUAGAAUCUACGUUACACCACCCGCGGCGGGUACACGAUUGUAAUUACGUCACCAACCAAAUCCAUUGGUUGGAAUUGGAUGAUUGACUUUUGCCGGUCUGUCAAACGUUCAACGAUGAACACUGAAUCAGUAGUGGAGUUGCUUGGGAAGGUGCCCUUGUUGCAGCGAUUAACAAGUCUUUCUCUCAAGAUAAUCGCACAAGUCGUUGUGUUCAAGCGUUACGAGAGAGGGGAUUAUGUGGUGCGUAGAGAUGAGGAGGUGGAGGGUGUUUACUUUCUCCUUCAAGGACAGGCUCAGGUUCUGGGAUCAGCCGACGACUCCUCGGAGUUCCUCUUGAAACCAUUUGAUUUCUUCGGCCGUGGUAUUUUUGGGAAUGUUUACUCAGCAGAUGUUGUUGCUCUCUCACAGCUUACCUGCUUGCUGCUCAUGUCUCAUCAUUGUUCUUUGCUUGACACCAACCCUAUCUCCGAUCCUGAUCAGGAUCUUGACACACCCUGUCUUGUGGAACGCAUUUUGUCUCUCGAUCCAUUAGAUUUGACUCUUUUUCGGGGUUUCACUAUACCCAAUGCUCCAACCUUUGGCAAGGUUUUUGGAGGCCAAUUAGUUGGACAGGCACUUGCCGCAGCUACAAACACUGUUGAAUCUACCAAGAUUGUUCAUAAUUUACACUCCUAUUUCCUUCUUGUUGGAGAUAUUACUAUUCCCAUCCUAUACGAAGUUAACCACUUACGUGAUGGCAACAACUUUGCCACCCGAAGAGUUGAUGCUAGACAGAAAGGCAAAACCAUUUUCAUCUUGUUUGCUUCAUUUCAGAGAGAGCAACAAGGUUUCGAUCACCAAGAGUCUAACAUGCCUCUUAUGUCACCUCCUGAAACGCUUGUAACAAGAGAGGAGAUGAUUGAACGGCGUAUGACUGACCCUCUGCUACCUAGGGAUUACCGAAACAAAAUUGCAGCUGAAAAAAUUCUCACAUGGCCUAUAGACAUUCGAUUUUGUGAGCCAAGUUAUUAUACAGAACAGACAAAGUCUCCUCCAAGAUUGAACUAUUGGUUUAGAGCAAGGGGAAAACUUUCUGAUGACCAAGCUUUACACCGAUGUGUGGUUGCAUUUGCUUCAGAUCUGAUAUUCGCAUGUAUCGGUUUAAACCCUCACCGCAAAAAAGGCAUGAGUGCAGCUGCUCUUAGCCUGGACCACUCGUUGUGGUUCCACCGACCUCUAAGAGCUGAUGACUGGCUGCUCUUUGUGAUGGUGAAUCCCACAUCAUUCCAGAGUCGCGGUCUGACCACAGGAGAAAUGUUCAACAGAAAGGGAGAGUUUUUGGUUAAGCUUAAAAGAGUGUGAAAUUGAUGUGGGCAGCUGGUGGUAUCAUUGACGCAAGAAGCAUUGCUAAAAGAAGCGGUGACGAUUAAGCCCAUCUUCGGCGCCAAGCUCUAAGUGACACACACACACACCAUAGAAUAUAUAUUCAAGAAGAGUGAUCACCUCGCAGUCACACUCUGAUGCUUGAUUCAUUUUUCUCACUUAUAUUAUUAUUACCGUGUAUGUAAACUGUGGCACAGGCGGUCAUUUACUGUGUGUAAAUGACAAACGGCGUCGUUUAGUGAAAAAAACACUUGUAACAUUAUUUUUUAUCAUUAAUAAUAAUCACAGGCGAAGUUAUUACA